AUGCUGUUUGGAUCUGCAAACGGUAGUCUUUCUUGUGACAUCCUAUUGAUGGGGCUUUCGGAUGGUGUUAUCCUCUCCCGGCAACUGAACGCGGCUCUUACUGAACCAAUGAUUGUGACUGCACUAAGUGAACCGAUCCAAUCCAUGUACGUGCUACCAGUCCAACAAGGGGCACUCCAGGAUACGCCGCUUACAUUCAGUAUUAAUGUUACUGAUACAAAUGUUAAUAACACAUUGCUUAUUGUUGGAUCGCGUGGGACGGUCGGAUUGAUGACAGCUGAUCCAAACGCAAGUGACAAUAAGGCGCAGAAAUCGCUAUACAGAGAAUACAAUGUUCCUUGCCCUGUCUAUUCCUCUAUCUUGUACAAGAAAUAUUUACUGUUGGCCGUCGGCGAUGGUCGAAUUGUGGUCAUUGAUUUUAAUCAAAAUGUGAUUGAAAAUGGUCAACUUGUAUCACUACACCUUAGCACGCUUAAGCUUCCUGUUGGCAUAAUUAAACUAUGUUACGUCGGGACUGCUGGAGGUUCAUCCGAAGAAAUAUUAUACUCUGUAACAAAGGAUGGCCGUAUACUUAAGAUGAAGUUAUCAAUCGUUCUAAGCCAACAAUCAACAGGAAAAUGCGUGGAAUCAGCAGCCGAAUUGAAGAAAGAAAUCAAAAGUCAAUUGGGUUUAAUUGCAGAAUGUUCUGAGAAGCAAUCGCAAUUGGAGAAGACUUCACAACUGCUAUCUUCGGCUAUUGUUGCACGCAAUCGUGUGAUUCACGAGCUACAAAGCUUUGCCAAGAAGUCGAACGAUACUCGGGCCACGCAGUUUGCUGUUACUUGUCUCCCCAUAACAUUACCCGUGUCGUUGCACGGAACUAUUGUACAGAGGACAUUCAUUCGCGUAAAGAUAACCAAUAAACUACAGAUCGACUGGUCACAAGGCUGGACAUUGAUGGUGAUAAUGUCGGCUCAUGUUUAUGCCCAUAACGGAAACCCAAAUUCGAUUGUAUCAUAUUCAGUCCCGUUAGUAGAUAUGGAUACUGAAUGGGAACGAGACGUAGAAGUCAAUCUACGUUUACUAUGUCUACCAAUCAACGUAAAAAUUGACUUGUGCUUCUCCCCUCUAAAGCCUCCGCCAGAGCCGGGAAUCAAAAAUUUCAUUAGACCAUGCCCACAAGAUAUUCUACAACGACUUCAGAAGCAUAGACAUUUCGGGAAUAAUUACGGUGCAAGUUUUAUUGUGCCGAUGGAUGGGCAAUUUUUUGCAACAAAGAGCGAUUUCAGGAAAACAGCCGAGAAACUCAUAGCUCGGUUUCAUGCAAACAGAGGAAUAGAGGUGAAUACCCUUACAUGGUCAGAUUUCAUUUCAUCGUUCAACAUAAGAACGGUAGUAAUCAAGUUCCGUCUUGGCUGGUACAAUUAUCAAAAUAUGCAAAUGAACCAUGAAGAGAAAUACGCUUCAACUUUGGAAUCAGCGUGGAGACGUUGCUUGUCAAUAUUGUUGGGAGAUUACAUUGAAGAACAACAACUUCACGAGAUUAUCAAGGCAGCUGAUUAUGCCGCCUUUUUAACACCGUUGAGUUUAACACCGGUUGUAUUGAAUAUCAAGAAACUGGAUGCAGGCGAGAAAAGUUCGGAUACAAUGGCAGUCGAGUUAAAAAUCUCAUGCCAAGCCCCUGAAGUUGUCUUGUUUACAGAAGAAGCGAUCUUGCGGCGUUUACAGGAAUUAAUGGAUAACUCGUCUAAUUCCAUCACAGCUGACAUUGACUUUCAAGAUUUACGCUCAAUACUCCAAAACGUGAAUAUAGAAUAUGCAAGAUUAACAACUGUUCUGGCAACAGAUACACGUUCAAACUGGAGCGAUGUCACACAUCGUGUAGAUGAAUUAGAAGACCAAUUGAAGAGGCUAAUUAUUAGUAUACAUGACAAAAUGGAAACCGUUUGGGUGCCUGGUGUAGUUCGAGUGUAA